AUGUACUUUCAUACAAUUAACAAAGCAGAGCCAAUGGGAAGAACAUUGAUGUUGGCUUGGAUUCUGGUCCUCUGCCUCUGGCAGAUCCUACCAUGUGUUCCCAAGGUGGAGAAAGUCACCAAUCUCCACUUCUUUUUGCAUGAGACUACCGGCGGAGCAGACCCUACCGCAGUCAUGGUAGCCCCGCCUGACAUCACAAGCAACGACAAUAGUUCACCAGUGCCAUUUGGCAGCGUAUUUGCUAUUGAUGAUCCCCUCACCGUAGGUCCCGAGCGUAACUCAGGGGUCAUUGGGAAUGCUCAGGGGCUUGGGGUCUCGGCCAGCAAAGAUACAACGACGGUGGUGUUGUACUUGGAUUUCGGAUUUACUAAGGGUAAGUUCAACGGCAGCUCUAUAAGCAUAUUUUCGAGGAAUCCGGUGAUAGAGAAGGAACGUGAGCUUUCAGUGGUCGGAGGGAGAGGAAAAUUCAGGAUGGCAAAAGGGUUUGCACUGCUUAAAACUUACUUUCUAAAUGAGACCACUGUCAUUGUUGAGUACAACGUGACUGUAAUUCAUUACUAA